AUGGCAUUUCGACGUUACCCCGUCUGUAAUGAAAACUACGAAAACUAUCGUCAUGGCAACCGUGAUGACGAAUUUGCACCUCCACCUCUGCCAUUUAAUGAUGGAGUGAAUCCGGCCUUAGCCCAAUUUAUGGCCGAAACUAUUAGGCAGUUUGCCGAAGUAGUGGCAAGAUUUCCACAGCCUGUCGGUCGAUUUGAACAGCUAUUGCAUGAGACACUUGGCUGUACCGACGAGCAAAAGGUUAGGUACACAGGACUAAGGAUAAUUGAUGAAGCUGCAAGAUGGUGGAAGUCUAAGAAAGAACUCUUAGGAAUAGAGUUGGGACAUAGAGCCAUUAUCCCUUGGGAUAGGUUUAUUGAACUAGCAAGGUUUGGCCUCAACUUAAUCCCUGAUGAGGAAUCAAAGUCGGAACGUUUCGAAAAUGGCCUUAAUCCUCGUAUUAAGGGAAGAGUCAUGUGUCAUGUGAUCAAAAACUUUGUCAAACUGGUCGAUAUAGCAUCGGUUGCAGAAAGAGGAAUGUGCGAAUCAUCUACCACUUAUGAACUAAAGAGAGAGAAGGUAGUCGUUUUUCAAUUGCUAGGUGUAGAAAGAUUUAAAUUCAACGGAUCUUGUACGAAAGCUACUCCACCGUUACUUUCCGCUAUACAAACUACAAGGAAUAUACGACAAGGAGCAUCAGCGUUCUUAGCUUAUGUGACGGCAAAACCAGAAGCGAAGCGUAAGUUGGAAGAUAUUCCAGUGGCAUGUGAUUAUCUAGACGUGUUUGCUGAAGUUGUGACAAGAUUGCCACUUGAUUCUGGGAACUCAACCCAUUCACAAAGCACCUUAUCGUAUGACACCCGCCGAAUUGAAAGAGCUGAAGGAACAACUCCAAGAACUUUUGGACAGAGGAUUCAUACGCCCAAGCGUAUCAUCGUGGGGAGCACCAUUGUAUUUAUUGAUGAUAUUUUAAUUUACUCGGCUAAUCAUCAAGAGCACGGGGAGCAUCUGAAAACAAUACUAAAUGUUCUAAGGGAAAAGCAGUUAUUUGCUAAACUCAAGAAAUGCGUAUUUUGGAUGGAGAAAGUUUCAUUCUUAGGGCACGUCAUCUCAAAAGAUGGUGUAGCAGUCAAUCCUAGCAAAGUUGAGGCUGUCGUCAACUGGGAGCGGCCAACCAAAGUCCAUGAAAUCCGCAGCUUUCUUGGAUUGGCAAGUUACUACCGAAGGUUCGUAGAAGGUUUUUCCAAUCUUUCUAGCCCUUUGACCGCCCUCACUAAGAAGAACGCUCAUUUUCAAAGGAACGAUAAGUGCGAAGCAAGCUUUCAACAACUAAAAAAGAGAUUAGUAUUUGUACCUGUCCUUGUACUACCAAGAGAAUCUGAGAAAUUUGUAGUUUUUAGUGAUGCAUCCCUUAAAGGACUAGGGUACGUACUCAUGCAGCAAGAUAAAGUUAUAGCUUACGCCUCUAGAUAG